AUGGCGCCAAUACCACCACCACCACCACCACCAUCACCAUCCCAAGCGGCGUCCUCACUCCUCCUUCGCGCUCGAUCGCUGCUCCUUCUCGUCUCACGACAAACUCCCACCGACACGAUCCCCGCCUCCUACGGCGCACUGUACACCUCCCUCACCCCCGGCGCCAUCGCGGGCAUCGCCCUCGGUUCUGUCGCUGGGUUUUGCUUGGUUCUCUACCUGUUCUACACGUGCAUUAACAUUGGCAAUGUGGACUCCACAACUGAGGGAACGGCGUCGGUCGUUACACGCAAGUCGCACCACCACCGGGCGCAUUCGCGGGGGGAGAGGAGGAGGACGAGGGAUAUUGAGAUUACGAGGACGACGAGGGAGCAGUCUAGGGGACCGGUGAUUGUGGAGGAGCGGACGGGGGGUGGGAUGGAGAGUGUGAUUCUCGAGGAGAGGAGGAGGAGUUAUUCUAGGGGGGGAGGGGGAGGGGUGAGGAGGGUGGUGGAAGUUAGUGAUGAUGAGACGGGGACGGUGGAGGAUGAGGUUGUUGUUAUUGAGGAGCAUUCACCGGUGAGAGGCGGGGGGAGGAGGAGGGAGAGGAGUAGGAUUCGGAGUCAGGAGAGGAGGAGUAGUGGGUACAGGGAGGUUGAUCCGGAGAGGUUUGCUGGGGGCGAUGCUAGGGUGGUGGAGGUGAGGAGAUCGAGUAGUCAUAGGAGAUAG